CGCUUGGCGGUGCAAACGUCUUAGCUCAGCGUCCGGGUUGAGUCUUCGGAGGUGCUGGCCGCGGACGCCACCGACGCACCAUGGCGUCUGCUGCUCUCGGGCUGACGCCGCGCUGGCUGAUGCUCCUCGGCGCCGCACUGCUGCUGCUUCUGCCCAUGGCCUCCGCGCAGGAGCCUCCGGCAAUGGGUUGUUCUCUGUAUACAAACAGAUCCUGUGAAGAGUGCCUCAGGAAUGUCUCGUGUCUGUGGUGCAACGAGAACAAGGCAUGCUUGGACUACCCAGUGAGAAAAAUCUUGCCCCCUGCUUCUCUUUGUAAAUUGAGUUCUGCUCGCUGGGGCGUAUGCUGGGUGAACUUUGAGGCCCUGAUCAUCACCAUGUCAGUGCUUGGGGGCUCUGUGCUCCUGGGUAUUACCGUGUGCUGCUGCUGCUGCUGUCGCCGCCGUAACAGGAGCCGGAAGCCAGACAGGAGCGAUGAGCGGGCCAUCAGAGAGCAGGAGGAGAGGAGAGUGCGGCAGGAGGAGAGGAGAGCAGAGAUGAAGUCAAGACACGAUGAAAUCAGGAAAAAAUACGGUCUGUUUAAAGAACAAAACCCAUACGAGAAGUUCUAAAGCAGCUGGCACCCACUGCGGCAGAUCUUGCAGUUCCAAAGUUUCCUGGGAGUGCCCUCGUCAGCAUAGCCUGCGGAGACCUUACUGCAGCCACCCUUGACCUGAGUCAUCCCUCCAGCCUCAGCAUGGGCACCAGAGUGGCCUUGAGAGGACAAUCCUGCCCUUGUUCCCUCUAUCUCUGUAUGUAAUCACCUGAGACAUUAAUCUUGUUGACAUCCUUUUAUGGGGGGAGGAAACGUACUUGGUCCCCACACUCUACAAAGCCGGCAGCCUGGGGUGCUGACUGGCUGCUGAGUGGCCUUGCUGCGAGAUUCACAUUGUAACAAAUGAAGUCAUAUUUACUUUGUUAUGGCAAGAAUUGACCCACCAUCCUUGCUUUCCCAAGGCUGUGUUGUGACUGCAAGCCCAUUUCUGUGACAUGUCACUGCUUUAGUUCUGGUGGCUUUUGGGAAGGCACUGUCCCCACAGUCUGGUACCCAGCUGUAUCCUGUAACACAGGAGCAUAUAAAGUCCCUCAGGAAACAGUCUCACCAAGACAUUUCAUGAGAAGUCUGGGCCUCUUCUUGGAUGGCAUUUUUCAGUUGUCUUUAAUAGACCGGGAAUCUUUCCCCCAUGGGAAAAGUUGUGAAUUCAGUUUGAGUGCUGAGACGUCUGCCUCAGGUUUCUCCUGCUGUGGUAAUGCACGAAGUCACAUGUCCUCAGAAGGUCUUUUAUGCAGAUCUUAGACAUCUCCCCUCUACCUGACAGGCUGUCCUGUGUGUAUCAUGGAGGAUGAACAGCUUGUCUGUCCCCUGGCCAGCCCCAUUUUGGAAGCUGAGUAUGUAGGAAGCUAGGAGAACCCCACCCCAUACUGCCAACCAGAAAACGUGCCUGAGCAGACACACACGCCCACCUCACUUCCCACCCUGCUUCCAGCCAUGUCUCAGCUCACUGUGUCUGAGACAUCAUCAUGGGCCCUUGGAAAGCUUGUCAAGGGACACUAAGGUCCCCAUGAUUCUGUCCACAAUGUACAUUUCUCUAUAGUCCUGAAUGUCACUAGUAAGCAGAUCGCAAGCUUGAUGGUAGGGUAAUGAGCAAAGCUACCCUCCUGGGAGAGCAGCCGCCAGCAGAUGAGGUGACCUUACGCCUGGCUCCUUCAUGCCUGGACACCUCAUCUAGCUGUUCAGUAACCCUUUCAACUCCGUCGGUCUGUCUAGGGAUCAACAUUUCUCCCCUCCAGUUUUCAUAAACUAAGGGAAUGACCUUCACCAGUCUGGAGUUUUACCAUUUUUCUGCCUUGUUAGGCAUUUGAUACAAUUUAAAGCAUUGUCAAACAUCUCAUAUUAUAGCAGCCAUUGAGAUUUGCCUUUCUACUGUCAGUUGAUAAAGGAGCCCUCCUCAGCAGGCCCUAAUGAACUUUGUAUUAAUAUGUAGCAUGUAUACAUCAUACCUGUUAGGUUGCUGAGCUGAUGUUAGAGUGACCAACUGCUAAAUGCAGAGUAUUUAAAUCUCCAGUGUAGAAAUGCAGCAGGUGCUCACUGAACUGGUGGUCUGUGCCGGCCUCUGAGCAGCAUGGAGAGCAGCCACAGACCUGCGCCCAAGACCGUGACACCCAGUGCCUUACUUUUUAACCACUUUCCAAUAAAAUGGUUGAAUAUGG